AUGGCCCGGGCGUUGGCGGGUCUGGCCGCCGGCUUGUCCUGCCCGCGGGUCGUCCCCAGCCAAGACUCGGACUCAGACACAGAUUCGGAGGACCCGAGUAACCGGCGCAGCGCGGGCGGGCUGCUCCGCUCGCAGGUCAUCCACAGCGGUCACUUCAUGGUGUCGUCGCCGCACAGCGACUCGCUGACCCGGCGGCGCGACCAGGAGGGGCCCAUGGGGCCCGCCGACUUCGGGCCGCGCAGCAUCGACCCCACACUCACCCGCCUCUUCGAGUGCAUGAGCCUGGCCUACAGUGGCAAGCUGGUGUCUCCCAAGUGGAAGAACUUCAAAGGCCUCAAGCUGCUCUGCCGGGACAAGAUCCGUCUCAACAACGCCAUCUGGAGGGCCUGGUAUAUCCAAUAUGUGGAGCGGAGGAAGAGCCCCGUGUGUGGCUUCGUGACCCCCCUGCAGGGGCCUGAGGCUGAUGAGCACCGAAAACCAGAGGCCGUGGUCCUAGAGGGCAAUUACUGGAAGCGGCGCAUCGAGGUGGUGAUGCGCGAGUACCACAAGUGGCGCAUCUACUACAAGAAGCGGCUCCGUAAGUGCAGCAGGGAAGGGGAUCUCCUGACCCCAAAGCAGGCGGAAGGGGGUUGGCAACCACCGGAGCGAUGGUGCGAGCAGCUCUUCUCCAGCGUGGUGCCCGUGCUGCUCGGGGGCCCAGAGGAGGAGCCUGGCGGGCGGCAGCUUCUGGACCUAGACUGCUUUUUGUCCGACAUCUCCGACACGCUCUUCACCAUGACUCAGCCCAGCUCCACGCCCCUGCAGCUGCGCCCUGAGGAUGCUUAUGUGGGCAAUGCUGACAUGAUCCAGCCGGACCUGACACCCCUGCAGCCCAGCCUGGAUGACUUCAUGGAGAUCUCAGCACCUCCCAGGCCCCUGAUUGUCCCCAAAGCGGAGCGGCUCUCGCCCCCAGCACACAGCGGUGGUGAGCGGAGGCUGUCUGGGGAACUCAACUCCAUUCCAGGCCCGGGGACCCUGAGUGUCUGCGUCUCUCCCCCUCAACCCAUCCUAAGCCGGGGUCGUCCAGACAACAACAAGACUGAGAACCGGCGCAUCACACACAUCUCUGCAGAGCAGAAGAGGCGCUUCAAUAUCAAGCUGGGGUUUGACACCCUGCACGGGCUGGUGAGCACACUCAGCGCCCAGCCCAGCCUCAAGGUGAGCAAAGCAACCACACUGCAGAAGACGGCCGAGUACAUCGCCAUGCUGCAGCAGGAGCGGGCGGCCAUGCAGGAGGAGGCCCAGCAGCUACGGGACCAGAUCGAGGAGCUCAACGCUGCCAUUAACCUGUGCCAGCAGCAGCUGCCUGCUACCGGGGUGCCCAUCACGCACCAGCGUUUCGACCAGAUGCGAGACAUGUUCAACGACUAUGUCCGCACCCGGACACUGCACAACUGGAAGUUCUGGGUGUUCAGCAUCCUCAUUCGGCCUCUGUUCGAGUCCUUCAAUGGGAUGGUGUCCACAGCAAGCUUGCAGAGCCUCCGUCAGACCUCACUGGCUUGGCUGGACCAGUACUGCUCCCUGCCUGCUCUCCGGCCAACUGUCUUGAACUCUCUCCGCCAGCUGAGCACAUCUACCAGUAUCCUCACAGAUCCAGGCUGUAUACCUGAGCAAGCCACACGGGCAGUCACAGAGGGCACCCUUGGCAAACCUUUAUAA